AUGCUUUCAAAACUAACUACUAGCCUCCCACCUCAUUUGAGUCUUAAGUUCCUGAAGGUAUACUGUAGGUCUGGAGAUUUGAUGCGUGCUCGGCAAUUGUUCGAUAAAAUUCCUGAACCAGAUUUACCUACCUGGACAGUUUUAAUAUCUGCUUAUUCCAAACAGGGAUUCCCAAAGGAAGCAAUAAAAAUGUAUGCUGAAUUGCGAAACAGGAGUAUCGUACCGGAUACGUUGGUCUUGUUAUCAGUUGCCAAGGCUUGUGCGAUGUCAGCGGAUAUUGUAAAAGCCAAGGAGAUCCAUGAAAAUGCUAAUAAAUUUGGGUUUCGCUCUGAUCUGCUUCUAGGUAAUGCAAUGAUUGAUAUGUAUGGGAAAUGCAGAUACUUUGAAGGCGCAAGAAGAGUUUUUGAUGAUUUGAAGGUUAAAGAUGUGAUUUCUUGGACAUCGAUGUGUUCUUGUUAUAUAAAUUGUGGGCUACCAAGAGAGGCCCUUCGAGCUUUGCAUGAGAUGGGGUUAAAUGGGUUGACGCCUAAUUCGGUCACAUUGUCUACGAUUCUUCCUGCCUGUUCGGAUUUGAAGUAUUUGAAUUUGGGUAGGGAGGUUCAUGGAUUUGUUAUUAGAAAUGGAGUGGGAGAUAAUGUGUUCGUGAGUAGUGCGCUUGUGGACAUGUAUGCUAGUUGUUUAAGCAUCAGGCAAGCUCAAUUGGUGUUUGAUAAGAUGGCUCAUCGGGACAUCGUAUCAUGGAAUGUGAUCAUAACAGCUUAUUUCUCGAAUGGAGAAUGCGAGAAGGCUCUUAAUCUAUUCUGUCAGAUGAGAGUUGAAGGGGUCAAAUUGAAUUAUGCCUCCUGGAAUGCUGUAAUUGGUGGGUGCAUGCAAAGUGGGCGGACCCAACAAGCGGUUGAGAUACUUGGCCAAAUGCAAGAAUCGGGGUUGAAACCCAAUCAGAUCACUAUCACUAGUAUCUUACCUGCUUGCACGUAUUUAGAAAGCUUGAGGGGAGGCAAGGAGAUUCAUGGGUAUAUCUUUAGGCAUUGGAUUUUGGAGGACAUGACUGCCACAACUGCUUUAGUUUUCAUGUAUGCUAAAUGUGGUGAGCUAGAACUCUCUCGCAGUGUUUUUAACAUGAUGCCCAGAAAGGAUAAAGUUGCUUGGAACACCAUGAUCACUGCAAACUCGAUGCAUGGAAAUGGAGAGGAAGCCUUGUUGCUCUUCAAUAAAAUGCUAAACUCGGGGGUCCAACCAAACUCUGUUACUUUUACAGGUGUUCUAUGUGGUUGUAGCCAUUCACGGCUGGUAGAUGAGGGCCUCUCGAUUUUCCAUUCCAUAAGUAGGGAUCAUGCCAUUGAACCUGAUGCGGAGCACUACUCCUGCAUGGUUGAUGUCUUGAGUCGUGGUGGUCGCCUAGAAGAAGCUUAUCGUUUCAUCCUCGAAAUGCCCAUAGAACCAAGUGCAGGUGCUUGGGGAGCCUUACUUGGUGCAUGCAGAGUAUAUAAGAAUGUAAACUUAGGUAGAAUUGCCGCAAAACGGUUGUUUGAGAUAGAACCACACAACCCUGGAAAUUACAUACUAUUAUCUAACAUCUUCGUUGCUGCUAAACUAUGGGGAGAAGCCUCAGAAACCAGAAAAUUGAUGAGAGAAAAAGGAAUCAGGAAACUACCAGGUUGUAGUUGGGUUCAGCUGAGAAAUAAAGUCCACACUUUUGUCGUCGGUGAUAAGAGUAAUGACCAGAGUGAUGAGAUCUACAGAUUUCUGGAUGAUAUGGGUGAAAAAAUGAGGUUAGCGGGAUAUUUGCCUGACACGGACUAUGUUCUGCAAGAUUUACAUCAAGAGGAAAAGGAGGAUAGUUUGUGCAAUCACAGUGAGAAGCUUGCUGUUGCUUUCGGGAUACUUAAUUUGAAUGGGGAAUCAUCGUUGAAGGUGUUCAAGAACUUGAGAAUAUGUGGUGAUUGUCAUAAUGCCAUCAAGUACAUGGCAAAGAUUGUAGGUGUGCAGAUUAUUGUCAGAGAUGCCUUAAGGUUUCACCAUUUUAAAGAUGGGUUUUGCUCUUGUAAAGAUUUUUGCAUGUUGAUUAAUAUAGGCCCAAGUACUUUUCAUCGUACAGAGCAGAGUGGCUGUGAAAGAUUAACAUUCCCAUCUGAAACUGACAGGGAGUUCCCUUGGCAUGUUCCAAGAAACAAAGCCAGUGCCAAAGUUUAUGACAUGACAUGCAGCUGUUCAGUAGAUAUCUUUUGCAGAGAAUUCAAAAAUGAUGAUGCCCCAAUUUUCAACUGUGGCAUGGAGCCAAGACAGAGUAACUAUGUGCAAGCAGUUUUGCCCACAACAGGAGUCCCGCCAAUUACUAAUCACUCAGCUCAUUCCACUUCCCAAGGAACUUCAUCUGACCUGCCUAGGGAGAUUUCAUUAAACAUGUACCUUAAGGAGGAGGUCCGUGCAAUGCCUCAAUUUUGGGAAGCUAAAACGUUUUAA